UGAGCAAUGUAUAAUGGCAUCAUGGUUGCCUCUUGCAAACAGUCAUAAACAGGGUCAUAAACAGGGGUGGACUGACAACUCAUGGGGCCCCCAGGCAAUAGGGAUCAUGGGGCCCCUGUGUCCUUAGCCAAACUCAAAAAAGCCUAUGAAAAAGGUACCAGGGGCAUCUCAUGGGGCCCCCUACUGACCCUGGGCCCUCGGGCAGUGCCUGAGUUUCCAAAUGGUCAGUCCGCCCCUGGUCAU